UCGUGCCUGUAACGUCAAAAUUCUCGCGCUAAAUAGUGGACAAUAACGUAUUACGUAUAAUUACUGCAUCUUCGUAGAAUGGUGACUGCUGCGCAGGUGUACGCUCGCACUGCGAUAUGCAGCCUUUUACUGCCAAUGCUUCUAGUUUGUAGCAUGGAGGCUGAUAUGGAAUAUGUAGCAUUGACGACGCCUGAUCCGUCCAAUGAUACCACGUCAGAUUACGAUUAUUUCGUGGAAGCUACUGACAUGCCUUUCAUAACUCCUCCACCGCUCCUGGAAUAUAAUCGAGAUAUUCUAAAUGGUUAUAGCAACCGUUCUGAAUUAAUCCAAAAUUGCAUCUCUGGAACUACUGACCUUGUACCGCAACGAAAUCUCUCAGUGGUACCAACACCUAAUGAACUCUCCUCCAACGUCACAGAGGGAAAAGGUAAUAUAACACUUCAACCUAAUCACUGCGAACAAUCACGGCGAGAAAUUUCUCCUGUUGCCAAGAGAAAGCUCGUCAACUUCGUGUCACGCUGGGCAGGUCGAACUAAGAAUUUCUUGAGCCAUUCCGAUAUUGGGGAAUUCGACUUUAAACUUCUGUUUACCGAAGCAAUACGGAAAUUCUUCCCCACGGACCUUCUUCGUCAAUUAGGUAUGGAUGAUUACAUCGGCAUCCUGAAGCUAGAUGACAUCGAUGUUUCUAUUGAUGUCGAUAAGGUUUUGGUUAAAUUCCCUGAAAUGUACAUGAAAGUUCUGCAGAAAGUAGGCUUGAAAGUAUCAACUGAAGAUGACCCGCACUUCAGCCAAGCACCUCAAGUUUCCGUGUCCCAGAAAACGUGGAAUGAAAUUGGACACGCCGCCAUAAUCCCGGUAGUGAGGAGAAUGUUAGAAGACGACGGUUGUUAUAUUGAAAAUAAAGUUCCCUCUGCAGAGUCUGCCAUUGCAUUCAUGCUUGAAAUUCCACUGAACCUUGCCAACAAUUUUGGUGAUUCUAACGCGCUCUUCAACUACAACAACCACAGAGAUGAAAGCUUAAGUGCUAGUGUGCUCGAAUUUAUCGACGGUUUGCCUGAUGGAGUUGUUGAGAAGCUUGUAGAAGACUUUGUUGAAGCUCGACCUCAGUUCAAAAAUGUACAAAAAAGUUUGCAAAUAAUUGGAGCUAAGGAGGACCUCGCUGCUACUAUUACCACUUUGGCGAUGCAACCAACGCUUGACUAUAGUAAAUAUCUCACAGGGAAGAUGAAGGACAACUUAUUCAUUACCUUUGCAAUGACCAAUCUUAACACAGAGCUCGUGAACAAUGCCUUGUCGAAUCACAUAGCAUAUUUUGCUCAAACAAUUCCUUACAGCGUUGGUCAUCCGCUGAUGCAGAAAGUGGCUGCAGCGCUUCAAACUAUAUUGCAAUCAACUAAUAACAGUACUGGCCCAGCCACUGGCAUUUGGAAUACUUUUAGAAAUUUUGCACGAUUCCCGUUGGAUCUUCUUUACGAAACGUACGCUCGCAGACCAUUAAGUAAUGUGACUGCUCAGAUUCAACGGAAAUUUUUCUCGACGACUAUGAGUCUACUCGGUUUUGGUGACGAAAUCAACUCAUUCGGAAGUUUUACGGACUUUUUGCGCGAUGCCUCAAAUCUACCUCAAGAACAAUUCGCAUUUUUUCUCGAGGAUCUGCUUGGACGAAUGAACCCAUAUUCAAUCAUCAGGAAUCAAGUUGCACAGAAGGACAAGCAAAUAAGAGAUCACUUGAAUUCCUUCUACCGUAAGUACAAAAUUCUGAAGAAGGCUGCCGCAAUUCGGCAGAAAGUUCGACAGCAAUUAGAUUAUUUUACGAAUGGUCUUCCUUGGUGGUUGAUCCCGAAAAGAUAUCCUGUAGAGCUGAGAUUUUUUUAUCGCCAGGCACAAGAGAAAGACCCUCCCCAAUACCCUGAACAGACACAAGCUGAUGGAAGUAGUUCGGUGAGCAUCGACGCUCUUCUGAAGAUGGUACACGGCUUGGUUUCUAGAUCAGACAGAAUUGAUGACGUGACAAGAGAUGACUUGAAAUCACUUUUACUAACGGCAAUCAAAGAGAACAAUGUAACUAUACCGACUCGGUAUACACCGUUUCACUUAACUACCGACGAGAUAACAAAACAGUUAUAUUAUGGUUCCGGUGAUGCCAACAAUAAUGAACCUAGCUUCUGGGGUGGAAUUGGGGAUUGGUGGAACAGAGUGACAGGGUCUAACAGUUCCAGCAGCAACCCAUCUGAGAAUCCAAGCCUAUUUCAGCGAAUUAGAAAUUGGUUUGUUGGACAAGACCAAGAAACCCCACAAGUUACCACUGAAGAAAAUAUCCAAGAUGAAGCUGAAUUAACUUUUAUAGACUGGGCGCUGAAAGAAUUGGAAAAGAUCGAACUGUCAGCAGCGAACAAUAAUCCAGUAACUGUUCAAUUUAACGGAACUGAGAAAAAUUUUACCAUUUCAGAUAGUUUGACUGUGAUCAAGAAUUAUAUGAUGAGAAAUGGUUCAAAUGAUACUGAAAUUCAGGCUAAAAAAGAACAGGCCGCCGAAUUAGUGACUAAUGAAAUUUCAAAGAUGUUGCAUUCUGUUAAUCUACCUCAAGAAAAUCGUUGCCGUACAAUUUCUCGCAGAAUAGGCCAGUCGGAGCAAAACGAAAUGUCCCUCUUCGGUGCAAUGAUCGAAAAUCUUGAAAAAAUGACCCAAUUGGUGGCAGACUCUGAAUAUGCCGAUGAGAUUGAGAAAAAUUUCUUGAAAUUUUUCAGGAAUAGCAGUGAUGUUGAGCUUAAAACUGCGUUUAAUCUUCUGCAAUUCCCCAUCAAACUGACGGAAGAAUAUUCCAAACUGAUGCGCCAGAGAAUGCUGCUAAAAGUCCUGGGAUCUAAUCAAAAGCAAUCAGCUUUGUUGAUUCUCGAAGGUUUAAAGAAUCUCCAGAAGAAAGAUCCAGUGAUUCUCGAAAAUAUCAAUACUUUGGAGAAGCGUCUGCUGAAUGCACGUGAGACUAAAGGCAUGCAAAACAACAUCGCAGCUCUAGCCGCACUUCUCGCUGAAGUUAUCGACGAUGCUGAAAUGCCUUUGUUGAUCAGAAAAAAAUUUAUGUCUAGUUUAUAAGGCAGAUUUUAAUGGAAA